UCGCCACUCGUGCGCUGAUCUUUUGUGCUGCCAGUGCCAGAACCAUGACCGCCCCGUUGUCAACCGCUGUCAGCUGGAAUUUCUUCGCGCCCUCGCGUUUCGACGCUGCGCUCCUGUCGUCGCUGCCAUGGGUCAGCGUGCUCCUGUCUUGUGCCCUGCUGGCUAUGCACUGUCGUCGGUGGUUUUACACGUGGAACACACUGCGCCCCAUCCCUGGGCCUGGCACCGACUGGCUGCCGCCGCUGUUCUUGCUCUCCGUAUACUGGCAGUACAGGAGGCACCUGUCCAAAAGUGCCACCUCGGUGGUUUUCAGGGUUAUAAGAAAAGUAUCCAAAAUGUAUGAAGGCAAGACUUUCAAGGUGUACAUAGGAACGAGCCCCACAGUCGUUCUGCAUACGCCGGAAGCAGCAGAGGUAUUACUUUCUGCAAAGGAGAACACCGGGAAACCAAACUCGUACGCGUUCCUGAAGUCGUGGUUGGGCCCGAAGAAUCUGCUGACAAGCAAAGGGGACCCGUGGAAAGCAAAGGCAAAGCUCUUCAAGAACGCUUUCAACAACGAUCAUCUGGAAAGCUGCAUGGCUGUGUUCAACGAGAGCGGUCAUGUUCUUGAGAAACGCAUCGAAACCAUGGCAUCAGAGUCACCGGACGAACCAAUAGUCUGCUACAACAACAUUCAGAACUGCGUUCUCGACAUCAUAGGCCGUGCUUUAUUUGGAAUUCACUUAGGCUUGCAGAAUGGAAAUAGGAAAGAAUACGCCCGCUGGUUCAACUACCUGACGUACCUGCUUACGGUGCGAUAUUUCCGGCCCUGGCUGUGGAUACAGGCCCUCUACGACGCAACGCAUGAAGGGAAGUUCUGGAAGCGUACCGUCGACAACAUCGGCAAGUUGCAUCUUUCCGUGAUAGAGAAGAGGAAGUCUGCGAUAAUGAAAAAGCUUGUAGACGAGAGCUUCAACGACGAACAUGACAACGAGUUGUCCUUCCCGGCAGCCGUAGAUGCCGCCAUAAAGAAGCAUAUAUCUGCACCAUCAUCGUACACCUUGGACGAACUGGAAAAGGACACGACCUCGGUCACAUUUGCCGCUGCCGAUUCCACGUCAGCGGCGAUGAGCUGGACGCUGUAUCUUCUCGGCUUGAAUCCAGGUAAGCAGGCCAAACUGCAGAAGGAGCUAGACGACGCCUUCGGGCGAGAUGGCCAGCACGAGAUCACCACGAGCGACCUCAAGCAACUGCCUUAUCUCGAGUGCUGCAUCAAGGCGAGUAUUACGAAGAAACGUAAUUAUUGUGCGAGUUGAAAUCAUAGAGAGAGA